GCCCGUAUUCUCUGUUUUUUUUUUUGUUCUUGUCCCUUCGAAGCCCUUCUUCGUCUUGGCUAGUCAAAUCGAAACUCGCAGGGAACUCUCCAUGGUGGACGGCGAGCUCGGGGGAAUCAGGGCGUGGCGUCAGUAGCCGAAAUCCCAGGUUCCGUAUCCCCGCCAUAAUGCCGGAAUCGAGCUCGGAUCCGGGCAACGGCAACGGCAAGAGGAGCCUCCCUUCCUGGAUGGGCUCCGGCUCCGGCGGCGGCGGCGGCGGCGGGGGAAGUCCGGGCAAGAAGAAGCACGCGGAGGCGGCCCGCGAGAGGGCGGCUCCAACAGGGCCGGAUUUCUCCAAACUCUUGGACGGGGUGACCUUUGUGCUGUCAGGGUUCGUCAACCCUGAGAGGGGCAGGCUGCGCUCCCAGGCGCUGGAUAUGGGGGCGGUGUACCGGCCCGAUUGGUCCGAUGAUUGCACGCUUCUUGUCUGCGCGUUUGCCAACACCCCCAAGUUCCGGCAGGUGCAGUCGGAGAACGGGACCAUCGUCGCCAAGGAAUGGAUCUCAGAAUCUCACAGCCAACGAAAACUCGUUGACAUCGAGCCUUAUCUUAUGCAUGCUGGAAAUCCAUGGCACGAAAAUAAAGAGCCAGCUGAAACCAGUCAAGAUCAGAAGAAGCCACGUAAAGAGCAUGAAAAGCAACUUGAGAAGACUCAUGCUAAGACACCGCCCUCUGCUGCCAAUAAGGCAGGACAUUCAGGUGCUAUAAAUAAACAAUUUUCGCCUUCGAAAAUUAAACAAUGGGCAAUGGAUGAUUUUGCGAAGACAAUAUCAUGGUUGGAGAGCCAAGAAGAGAAGCCAGAGCCAAACGAAUUGAAGGCAAUAGCUGCUGAAGGGGUUAUCACUUGUCUGCAGGAUGCCAUCGAAUCCCUCGAGCAAGGCAAUGAUAUCAGUGGGGUGGCAGAGCAGUGGAGCUUUGUCCCCCACGUUGUGGACGAGCUAGUGCAGCUUGACGGAGAGGGAUCGUCGCUGUCUAAAGAACAACUCGCCCAACUGGCAACCAAAUGCAAGAAAAUCUACCAGGCUGAGUUCGCCCAGAUGGACAGUGGUGGCAAGAAGGGCAAGGAGCGUCCUGGGAAGACCGGAGCGGACGAUGCUCAGUACGACAGUGAUGAUACCAUCGAGAUGACGGAGGAAGAGAUUGAUCUCGCUUGCAGACAGUUCUCGGGGAUUAGUAGCUAGGUCAGGAAAAGGUCUUUAGGAGAGGAGAACAAAGGACUAUGUAUCACUGAGCAUGGUAUGGCUGACAGUGAUCGAAACACUGUUGUUAUCGCUUGGAAAGCUUGAUAGUUUAGUGGAGUUUAUGCUCUGUUCUUAAUCAGCCCUCUUUUUUGGGUUCUUUUU